AUGAAUCUGUUGCCUGGAAUUCUUGUGUUUAACUGUUUGUUAAUUUCCGUUUUUGGCCAAAAUAGCAUAACCAGUCGGCUGGAUAAACUAGAUAUCAAUUAUGUUUUAUCCACAGGAAGAAUAUUAGACAACUAUUUGAAGUGUAUUAUGGAUAAGGGUCCUUGCACAGUUGAGGGGCGAGAAUUAAAAGGUGCUAUUCCCGAGGCUAUUAUACGAGGUUGUAAAAAAUGUUCAGAACCCACCAAAAAAAUUGUGAAAAAAUCAGCAAACUACAUUAUAAAAAAUCGACCCGGAGUUUGGACCAAACUUAAGAAACAUUUCGAUCCAGAAGAAAAAUAUCUUGAAGAUUUUAACAAGUUUUUAACUUCUUAA